AGAAGCUGCCUGCUUAGCCCUCAUCGGUAUCCGAGUAAGCUGCGGGUAUGGCGUAUGAUUUACGUGUCUGGCCUUCAUCUACACAGAGUCCGAGCAGUUACCCCGAAUGUUGUUCUGUACAAGUAACUUUAAUGAAGCCAGGCCUGCAUCAUGAUAACUACUUAGGCGUUUCUACCGACGGCGAUGAACUCUUUGGGUCGCAUACAAAGUAACUUCGAAGCAUAGGUUUCUAUCUAUAAGCACAUGCUCGUUACCGACGGAUGCACGAAACAAGGCCACAGCAAGGCGUACGGAGUCGACGCUGUCGCCAGAAUGCGUGACGACAGUAGGAGCGCUUUUAGGCAACCGCGCUCGUGAACAGCGUCGGGGUGGACAUUCGCUGCGCCGGGAGUGCCUGAGGCAAAAGCUGCCAGCCGCUGACGAAAAUGACCGCAUCCUCGGCGCUAUUCAGUCCAGCGCGCAUAACCCAGAUGCUCGCUGCCGCCGGGCCACCGGCAGGCAGCAACAACGUACGCAGCACUGGCGCUAGCAGCACCACGAGCACCGACCCCGCCACCCAGCCUGCAUCCAGCGCCUUGCGGCCCUUUCCCGGCGUCCCCAACCCCGCCUCACCCUCGCUUUCGCGCGUUGCAGCAACCACUGCAACCGGCGUGAACGGCCGUCCCCAGUCAUCCUCCAGCGGAGCAGCAUCUGACACUCCCACCGCCACUCCCGCCUCCCCCGCCAUCAUCACCGCGGCAUCCCCCAUUGCCGGCGCUCCCCCUAGCCCCCUAGGAACCCCCGCCGCCGCCUCCGCUCGCCUCACCGGCGGUCGCCGCGUACAGCUUCCUGGUGGUGGCGGCGGCGGUGGCGGCGGCACACCGCCCACCUCGGAAUCCGAACCCCGUGGUCGUACAUCGUACAACGGCAGCAUCAACCGACAACAGUUCCAACAGCAGCAACAACAACAACAGCAACAGCUGCUGCUGAAUGAGAGCUCCGUGUCAACGUACAACUCAUUCGGCAGCGGGCAGCGUGUCGGUGUUGGCGCCUCCGCCGGCGGCGAGCAGCCGCCCUCGCGCCUGCAGUCCUCCAGCGGAUCUGCCGUAACAUGGGGACCCGUGGGAUCAUGGCCUAGGGGUGGUGUACGAGGCCAACGUGGCGGUGGCGGCAUCUCACGUAACAGCGACAGCGGCUCCACGUCGGGGUUCCGGGCGCUUGCGUCCAUGCCGACCGGUGGCGACAUGUACCACUGGCAGCCGUCCGUGUCCGCGGUGCGGGGCACGCUGGAGGAGCACCAGCAGCGGCUGCGGCAGCGUGCGGACGUGACGACAGCGCUGAGGAAGUGGACGGAGCGGGUGCUGCUGGAGGCCAGGAGGUGGGGGGGCGGGGCGAGGUGGCGGAGGGGGGUCAGAGAGACAUGCCAGAAUGAUAUGCCUGAGCCAAAGUUUAGGGGAUAGAGUGAAGCAGGGGCGGGGAGAUGGCGAGGAGGGUACAGUUAGGGUACAUCAUGCUGGGCCGGUCAUUACGUGUGGCGAAUGUGGCGUAGGGAAAGAGCGAAAUGGGGGAGGGCAUAGCCUUGACAGGGUAUAGUACUUAUGUAUGUAUGUAUGUAUGUGUUACAAGCUUCGUACCGAGCUCGUAAGAUCCGUCCGAGCCAGAAGGCUCAUGGAUCGCGAGCACAAAACGCGAAAACAACCAAAAGAAGAAAAGUAAAACAAAAGAGACAAACAAACAGAACGCUAAUCAUAUGAUAAACCCUGUCUGCGCAAUCCUGCGACUUCGCAUGCUAGUGAUUACGCUAGCAAGCAAUGCCUGAUUCUCCAUGCCCAUGACAGCAAUCAUAUCAGCAUCCCGUGAGACACCACUUUCCCAUAUCUUAUCACGCAAAUCAUCGUAAGCGGGACAUUCAAUGAGGAUGUGUUUCUCAUCUUCCACUCUCCCCGGCGACCCCUGCACGGCACACAUAGGACAGACACGCGCUACUCGUUGCCUACCCCUAGGGCGAUUGGCUUCAGUACUUAUAGACUAUUAACUUUCUCCUUUCCUGUGCCGUACUUCUCCACGUCUUCCCCUCCUGAGCCCCUUCCUUCCCUUCCUGCUCCCCCUUUCCGCCUCGCCGCCCUGCCUCCCUCCCGCCUCGCUCCCCCCUGCUGCCCCUCUCCCCCCUCCCUUUCCUGCGUGCGCCUUUCCCCUUUCCUGCCUUCCUGCCUUUUUGCCUCCUCCCCCCCUCCCUCCGCGCAGGCAACCCAAGGGGAGCUUCCGCUGGUAGGGCCGCCACACUCUCUUAAGGGACCAUGCCGUACGAAAAUGCCCCGUUAGAUUGCCGUACACAGGAGGCACCCAGGCUGCUGAGGCUGAGCCCCUCGAGCACAUGGAACCUACCUUCCUCCUCUCAGCCCCUCCUUACUCCCCUCUCUCCAUAACUGCCGUACCACAACCGCCGCCGCCCCUCUCCCCUUCUACCCCUUUCCCCUCCUCUCCUCCUUCCCCCCCUCCUUCCCUCCUUCCAGGCCCGACGGAUUCAACCGGCUACGCGAACUCGCAGCCGCAGCCGGCCUGCCCUUCGACGACACCACCGCCACCGCCACCGCCACCGCCACCGCCACCGCCACUGCCGGCGCAAGCUUCAGCUCCAUGCACCCCCCCUCCGCCUCUGCUGCCGCGCUGUCAUUCAUGGGGGGCCUUAUGGACGAGGCUGACGCCGACCAAAUGGAUGACGAUCUGGAUGAGGAUGAGCGGCGGGUGGCGGCGGCUGUGCGGUCGCCUCCCGACCCGGCGGGUCUGGGUGCGCAGCUGCGGGCGCAUUUCAUGGCGGUGGUGGAGGAGGAGGUGUCGCGGAGGUUUACCGAGAUGCGCGGCAACUGGGAUGCGGAGAUGGCGGUUGAGAUGGAGGAGCUGCGGGAGCUGCGCGAGUCUCACAAGGAGCUGCGGCGGGUGCACGGGGAGACGCGGGAGGCGCUGGAUAAGGCAAACACGAGGCUGGAAAUGAUGAGGUGGCAGGUCAAGGGCAACCUCUCCGACACGCCCCAGCCAGGCGCCCAGGGCUCUACCCUCACAGCUGCCCCAUCGCCCGACCCACAAGAUCCCAACAACCCCGCCAACGGUAAUACCAACCCAAACCCAGAUCCCAACGCCCCGGGACCCGCCAACAGCCGCAGCGAAAGCCCCUCUCGAACCAACCGCUACAUUACCGGUCUGGGCAAGGGCGGUAACAAGGGGGGCGAGGAGGGGGAUCGCCAGACGACGGGUGAGGGCAGCGGCAGCAGGAGGCCCACUGUUUCCUCGUCCAUGGGGGACUUCGGAGGGGGAGGGGGCGCGGGAGGCGGCGGCGCGGUGGGUAUGCUGCCUUCCAUUGAGGAGCAGCUGCAGGAGCAGUUGAAGGAGCAGGUGGAAUCGGCAGCGGUGCUGGCUCAGAGGCUUCAGGACGCGGAGCAGCAGGUGGAGCGCCUCAUCGUGGACCGCACGCAGCUGCAGCGCCAGCUCGACGUGGCCAUCAGGUACGCUGCCAAGGCACCACCCGCUAACAGCCCCGAGCCACCGCCGUCACCCCCGCCGCCUGCGACAGCGGCGGCGGCAGCAGCCAAAGGCCGCACCGGCAGCCGCGGCGGCGGCUCCGCCGCCGCCGGACGCGCCGGUAGGUCCGGUCGUGGUGGCGGCCGAGGAGGCGGACGUGGCGGUGCGAGGGGGCAGAAGGGUGCGGCAGCGGCGGCAGUGGUAACAAGAGGGGGAGGAGCGGCGGAUGCGGCAGAGAUGGCGGCGAUAGCGGCUGCGGUGGAGGCGGAGCGGGCUAGCAUGGGCAUGCCGCAGGAUGCGGAGCUGGUUCGAGCUGAGCUGGCGAGCUCCCAGGCGACGCUGGCUACGGCUUUGGAGCAGCUGGCGGCGUUGCGGGAGGCGCUGGCGCGGGAGAAGGCGCGUGCGGAGGAGGCGGAGAAGGGGGCGGCGGCGGUGCCGGCGGUGCCAUCUGUGGUGAUGGAUGCGGCGGCGAUGAGUAAGGCGGCGGCGGCGCUGGCACGUCACCGACAGCAGCAGCAGCAGCAGUUGCAGGCGGGUGGCGGCGGUGCAGAGGGGGGGGAGAAGGAGGCUGAGGAGGGCGAGGUGGAGGAGGCGGCGGAAAAGGAGGGUGCUGGGGGGGAUGCUGACGCCGUAGAAGGAGCAGCAGCGGCAGUGGCAGCAGAGGAGGAGGAGGCUGAUAAGGGUCCAGCUGCAGCAGCAAAGGUGGGCACACAGGCUGGCGGCGGGGGUGGUGGCGUGGCGGAGGCGACGCAAGGAGAGGCUGCUGCUGCUACCGCUGCUACUGCUGGCGGCGGCGGCGAGGCGCAUGCAGAGGAUGAUAUGGAUGCCGAGGCGGCGGCGGCACAUGCCCUGCUGGAGAAACUGCAAAGCGAGCGGGACUACGCAUUCGCAAACGUCCGCGACCUACAACAGCGAAUACGUGAGCUGUCUCGCCAAGUCGGGGAGCGCAACGAUGAGGUGAUGGCGCUGCGGGAGCAGCUGCUGCAACAGCAGCUGGCGGCAGCGGCAGCCGCCGUCAACGUCGGCAGAAGCCGCCGCCGCCGCUACCGCCGCUGCGGCUGCCGGCGAUGUAGCGGCGGCGCCUGCGGCGCCGCCGCCCAAGGCUGCGUCCGCCGUAGCGGCGGUAGCUGCAGCAGCGGCGGCGGCAAUGCAGAGUUUGGGCUUGAAGGAUUGGUACGACAGCACGGCGGCGGCAGGGGUGAAGCAGCCGCCGGCCCUCGCGGCGGAGCUGGCGGGACCGGAGGCGUCCUUGGCUUCCAUGGCUUCAACCGACGCCGCCGCCGGCGCCGCUGCAGCAGGUCAGUCACCGUCACCAACAUCCUCUCCUGGGUCGCCGCAACGGGCGCCGCCGCAGCAAGCGUCCAGCAUGAUCUCGGUCGGCGGCGGCGUCAUGACGGACCAGAGUGAGGGCGGCGGCGGCGGCGGAGGCCCUGGAAGUAGCUCUGGCGGCGGCACCAGCGUGGGCUUUGCUGCCGCCGCCGCGGCGGCGGCGCUCGUACCAGCAGUUAUGGAGGAGCUCCGGCGGCGGAUACCUUUCGUUGUGUACGACGCAACAUGGGGUGCUAUCAGCGGCAGUAGCAGUGGCGGUGGCGGGGAUCCGACGACUUGGGCGCAAGAUGUGGACCCAGGCGCCGCCGCGGCGGCGGCGGCAACGGCGGCAGCAGCAGCCGCGCAGGAAGGCGGCGACGUGGCUUCCUCCGCCGCCGCCGCGGCGACGGCAGCAGCAACACGAGUCGUCUCUGUAGUAUCCACCUUGGUUCGAGCUGAGCUCAUGCGAGCUGGUUCACGUGCCCUUCGGUUAGGCCUAAUGUCGCAGGGCCGCGCCGCCGCUGCCGCCGCCAGCGGCGCCGCUAGCGGCAGCGGCUCGCCGGCGGAGCCCUGCUCGCCGUCGCGCCGAAGCGGAAGUUCACUCUUCCACUCCCAACGCGUCCGAAGCACCAGCCACAGCCCCCAGCGGCGUCGCAGUUUGGCGGUGGCCUUCAACCCCAUUACCUUUAGCGGUGGCGUCGACGGCGGCGGUGCUGACGGCGGCGGCGAAUCUGGCGACGACCAGGUCCCGUCACAGAUCUCCCGACUCAGCGUCCUCAGCGGCCAGCGGCCGUACCAGUCCCAGCUGUCGACGGCAUCGUCGACGUCUCCGCCGCGCAUGUCGUACAGCUCCCGUUCCGUCGGUGGCGGCGGGCCGCCGUCAUCACAGCCAUCAGGGGCGAUGACGGCGGUGAUGGUUGACGGCAGCGUCACGUUCGUACCGCUGGACAUUCGGGAGGUUAGCCGGCCGCAGCGGAAGACUCAGAGUCUCGGCUCCUUCCUAACCCCCGGUCAGCAGCAACACCCGCACCACCCAACCGCCGCGGCGCAUCGCUCAAUAACCGUUGCUGCAGCCUCUGCAGCCUCUAGGGAAAGAUUGCAGCAGCAGCAGCAGCAGCAGCAGCAGCUCUCGUCCUCACGACAGGGAUCAGCGUCUGCUGCGCAAUCCGCCGCGACCUCUCGUGCGGUCAGCUUCGCCAGCCGCGCGGAAACUGCUACCACGGAUGAUUACGAGGAGGGUGAAGUCGGCGGAGGCGACGGCGACGGCGGCGGUAGCUUCCAACAACCGUCGACUGUCGUACCGGAGGGCGGCAGGGAAGGUGCCACCGUGGCUAGGGACGAAGGCGGCGCUGGCGCCGAUGAUGCGGCGGUCAGCAGCAACACAGAAGAGCUUGUCGCUGCUACCGCCCGACUUAUUGCGGAAGAUGCUUUCGGCGCUUUCGGCACCGACGGCGGCGUUGGCGGCGACGGGAGCGGCGUUGACGCCGCCGCGGCCGCCGCCAAUGCAGCUGACGGGGCACAGGGUGCAGCAGACGUUGCAAACACGGUAGCGGAGGUAGCGGCGGCAGAGGCGGAGAUGACGGCGGAUGUGAGCGGUCGUUCAAGUGUUUUCGUCACCGAUGGCGGCGGUGAGGGUGUCGCCGCUGCAGACAGCGCCGCCUCCGUCACCGCGGCGGCGGCGGCGGCACGUCCGACCGCGCGUCGCGGUGCCUCCGCCCACUCGGCCCUCAUGACGGUGACGCUGCCCGCCUCUCGUACGAACAUCCUGGCCGCCGCCGCCGCCCGCCGCCGCAAAAGCGCCUUUGCAACGCUGCACAGCACCUACCUCGCGCCCGCACAACAGGGAGCAGCCGGAGCGGCGUCAGCAUCGGAAGACGAAGCGACGAGCCCGCAGCCGCCGCCAUUGGCCGUCGGCAGCGGUGCCGCCAGUGCGCGAGCGUUACGAACCUCCCGUGACAGCAGCGCCACCGCCGCUGCCGCCGCCGACGGCGGCGGCGGCGACAGUCGCGUGCAUUGGUACCACCCGCAGCCGCCGCAUGCGCCGUACGUUCAGCUCCAAGCAGCGCUGCACGUCGGCGGCAUGUCUCCGGCAGCGGCCCGCGCCGCCGGCAACAUAAGCCCCGACGCGCAUCAUUAUCGGAUCCGGGGCACCUUCCGAGACGAUGCCGCCGGCACCGCUGGCGUCGGCGUCGGCGCCAGUGUCAGCGGCGGCAGCAGCGGCGGCGGCAUUACGCGUACGGCAGAUCUCAAGGUUCUUCGUCGGCCGCAGUCGGCGGCGGCGCGCGCACUCGAAGCCGCUCGACAGCAGGUUUCUCAAGAUGGCGGCGGCGGCGGACGCUUCGGUGUACGAUCGCGACCGCGACCCAUUUCCGCCGCAACCCCGUUGCCACCAAUGGAGCGCCUGUCGUCAUCGCCGCCGGCGUCGACCUCUCCGUUGUCGGCGGCGGGCACUGACGGUAGCAUUGGCGGCGGCGGCGGAACGGGAGUGGAGGGAUGGUCGUCGGUCGGCGGGGGCAGCUGCGGCGGCGGUGGCGGCAGCGGAAGCCCGCCGAGAGGGGUGGCGGUGUUGGCUGGGGCAGGAGCCCGGGUCCGAACCCUCACCGCCAACCCUCAAAAAGGCGUCCAGUUGCCCGCUCGCCUGCGCGGCUCCUCCUCCACGCCCCAACCGCCCCAACCGCCCCAACCUCUCCUGGUGCAGCACCUCUACCCGCAUCAGGGACACCCAGGGUACCACCCAGGUCGGCCUUCUCCACCCGGCGCCGCCGCCUCCGCCCUGUCAUCAUCAUCCCCAUCAACAUCAGCAGCACCCGCCGCAGCAGGUCUGGCAGCAGCCGUCUCCGCUGCUGCUGCUGCUGCUGCUGCUCCAGCAACCGCGCCCACUCCUCCAGCUACGUCCGCCGUACAUCCAGUUCCCGUCAACCGCGACGCUGUCUUGCAUGCAUACCACCAGCAGCAGCAACACCAACACCAACAACAACAACAGCACAUGCAGCAACUCCAGCUCCUGCAACUCCAACGCUUUCAAGCACUACAACAGCACGCAGACCCGUACGGCGAGGAAGACGAGGACGAGCAGGCGCAGUCCCGUACCCUCGCGCUUUCCCAGCAGCGGCUGCUGCAGCAAACAGGCGGUGUGUUAGCAACCCGCACUGCUUCCGCUGGCAUGGGCUUGUCGCCCCCGCUAGUGGAGCUGCAGCUGCAGCCCCGCCGUACCGUCGCCUACGCCGCCAACGCUGCCUACCUGGUCCCUGCGGGCAGCACGGGGCCGCUGUCACCACAACGUGGGCCUCCGUCCUCGCAACAUCACCAUCACCAUCAUCAACAUCAACAUCAACAUCAACAUCAACAUCAACAUCAACAUCAGCAGCAUGGGACGACAACAACAGGAGGAGCAGAAGGAGGAGGUGG